GACCGCUUUGUGGCCAUCUGUCAUCCCCUGCACUACACAAUCAUCAUGAAACCCGAGCUCUGUGUCUUCUUGGUUCUUAUGUCUUGGGUCAUCAUUUUCUGGGUCUCUCUGCUUCAUAUUCUACUGAUGAUCCGGCUGAACUUCUGUAGAGGCACUGAAAUUCCACAUUUCUUCUGUGAACUGGCUCAGAUUAUCAAAUUGGCCUGCUCUAAUACCUUCAUCAAUAACAUCUUCUUGUAUGUGAUGACUGCCCUGCUGGGUGUGUUUCCCUUCACAGGGAUCCUCUUCUCUUACUCUCAGAUUGUCUCCUCCUUAAUGAGGAUGUCCUCUGCUGGGAGCAGGUAUAAGGCAUUUUCUACCUGUGUGUCUCAUCUCUUAGUGGUCUCCUUGUUCUAUGGGACAGGCCUUGGGGUCUACCUCAGUUCUGUUGUAACCCAUUCUUUCCAGGCAAGCUCUAUUGCCUCAGCGAUGUACACUGUGGUCACACCCAUGCUGAACCCUUUCAUAUACAGCCUAAGGAAUAAGGAUGUGAAGGGAGCCCUGGGAAGGCUUCUCUGUAGAGCAGGGUGUUUUCCAUGUUGA